AUUUUAUAUCCAAUUUUGUGAUACAAUUAUCACAUCUCAUGUCCAUUGAUGUGUUGUUGCGGACAAACACUUGACAUCGCGUUCACAUCACAGACAUCACAUCCCGUGGUCUUCAUGUUGUGAUCAGACACCGCGAGACAUCACCCAAUGGUGUCUUUGGAGGACGAGGUGUCCAAACAGCAGAUCUUCAGAGACGUCCAGUUCUCGCUCUGUGAAGACGUCUCUCAAUACGAGAAUGUGAAGAAGUUGUUGCUGUCAGGAGGCGCCAAGUUCUUCAACUACCUCUCCGACAAUGUCACUCAUCUGAUUGGCGACAACUGCGACCACCCGUCCGUCUCCGAAGCCGUCGAGAUCUAUGAGACCACUGUUGUCACCAGUCGAUGGGUUUGGUUGUCGGCGAAGGCGUUGGCACUCUUGCCAACGGCCGCCUUCUCGCCAUUCAAGACCCAACUGUUCUCCAACAUAACCGCCUGUCCGUCCAACAUAUCGGGAACUGACUGCCAGUCCUUGUGGGCAAUGAUUACAUAUUAUGGCGGGUCGUAUCGGCUGCAGAUGUCGUCCGACACGACUCACUUGAUAUCAACCAAACCCGAGGGCUUGAAGUACGAGAAGGCCGUCGAGACGAACGAAAAGAUCAAAAUAGUGACACCCGAUUGGGUCAUCGAUUCCGCGAACCGCUCCGAUCCCAGUCUGAUGCAUACCUGUCCAUCAGAUGUCAGUCUAUGGAUGGCACAAAUAAGAAGAUAA